AUGCAUAUCCAGUCGAUUCCCAUGUGGACCGGGAAGGGCAAUAACUAUGCCUACCUGGUGACAGACGAACCCACCAAGGAGUCUGUUAUCAUCGACCCGGCCAACCCGCCAGAAGUCGCUCCGGAGCUCAAGUCUCAGCUGGAAGCCGGCAAGAUCAAGCUCUCGGCGAUAGUCAACACCCAUCACCACUGGGACCAUGCUGGCGGCAACAAGGAGAUGCUGAAACACUUUGGCCAACUCCCCGUCAUCGGAGGAAAAGACUGCGGAUUCGUUACGCGGACCCCGGCACAUGGGGAGACGUUCAAGAUCGGAGAACGGAUCUCUGUGAAGGCACUGCACACCCCCUGCCAUACGCAAGAUAGCAUCUGCUAUUUCAUGCAGGACGGAGAUGAACGGGUAGUUUUCACAGGCGACACUCUGUUCAUUGCAGGAUGUGGUCGGUUCUUCGAGGGAAAUGCCCAGGAGAUGAACAAAGCCUUGAACGAGACUCUGGCCGCGCUUCCUGAUGACACCAAGGUUUAUCCUGGCCAUGAGUACACGAAGAGUAAUGUCAAGUUCUGCCUUGCUGUCUCCCAGUCAGAGCCGAUCAAGAAGCUCGAGGCAUACGCAAACCAGCAUCAACAGACGCAAGGCAAAUUCACCAUUGGAGAUGAGAAGCUGCAUAAUGUAUUCAUGCGGGUAAAUGACCCGGAAAUCCAGAGGAAGACUGGAAAGACAAACCCGGUCGAAGUAAUGGCAGCUCUGAGAGAGAUGAAGAACGCUAUGUGA